AUGGUCAUCAGGCCAUUGGCCUCCUCUGCGGUCGAGGCAGCUGCGGCAAGCAUUCAUCCGCCGCGUGAUCCCAACACACUGUCGAACUACAAUGCUUGGAGGACUAAGCACACCACUGCCAAUUUCGAAAUUGAUUUCGAGGCGAAGCGGCUUCGGGGUUUCGUUGAUCUCACGCUCGAGAGCUUGGCCAAGGAGGAAACCACCAUUGUUCUCGACACAAGCUAUCUGGAUGUUUCAUCUGUAGAGGUCGAGGCUGCUGCUGUUGAAUUUGAUAUUGCUUCUUCCAGGACUGGUGCUUACGGCUCACCUCUGACUAUCAAGUUGAAGCAACCAUACGCGAAUGGAGUGACAGUACGCAUCGGCGUCAGCACAACCAAGGACUGCACGGCCUUACAAUGGCUUACUCCGGCUCAGACCAGCAACAAGAAAUUCCCAUAUAUGUUUUCACAAUGCCAGGCUAUCCAUGCUCGAUCACUAUUCCCUUGUCAAGAUACCCCGGAUGUCAAAUCGACUUACACUUUCAACAUCCGUUCGCCGCUGCCAGUGCUGGCCUCAGGUCUUCCUACAGGAGCUCGAGACUUUCUGCCCGGCAAGGACGGCAAAUCCGGAACUCUUCUCUAUACAUUCCAUCAAGAGAUCCCGAUGCCUUCGUACCUGUUUGCUCUCGCCAGCGGUGACCUGGCUUCGGCGUCCAUCGGUCCGCGAUCUGUCGUCUGGACAGGUCCCGAGGAGCUCAAAGCCAGCCAGUGGGAAUUCGAAAAGGACACCGAAGCAUACAUUCAAGCAGCGGAGAAGAUAGUCUAUCCUUACGCAUGGACGACGUACAACGUUCUUGUCCUUCCUCCAAGCUUCCCAUACGGCGGCAUGGAGAAUCCCGUGUACACAUUCGCCACUCCCACGAUCGUCUCCGGCGACCGACAGAACGUUGAUGUCAUCGCGCACGAGCUGAGCCAUUCAUGGUCCGGAAAUCUCGUAAGCAAUGCGAGCUGGGAGCACUUCUGGCUGAACGAAGGAUGGACCACUUAUCUCGAACGCCGUCUCCAAGUUGCCAUCCACGGUGAUGAGAGACAUCGUGACUUUUCCGCCAUCAUCGGUUGGAAAGCUCUCGCCGACUCAAUUGAACAAUUCGGUGAAGACCAUGAAUUCACGAAGCUGAUCCCAAACCUGCGAGGCGAAGACCCGGAUGACGCUUUCUCAAGCAUCCCGUAUGAGAAAGGAUUCACCUUUCUCUACUACCUGGAGAAGCUUGUUGGAAUCAAUAAGUGGGAUACUUUCAUUCCGCACUACUUCACGACUUUCAAGCAGCGUUCGGUAGACAGCUACGAAUUCAAAGCGACCCUUCUUUCCUUCUUCGCCAAAGAUGCAGAAGCCGCUGCCGCGUUGAACAAAGUCGAUUGGGACACUUGGUUCUACAAACCGGGCUAUCCGCCCAAGCCAUCCUUCAACACCGAUUUCGCAGACAUGUGCUACGAUCUUGCCGCGAAGUGGCUCCUUCUCAACGAACAGCAGCAAGACCAAUCGCAAUCGAGCUCGUCCUGGAAACCCAGCGCCUCCGACAUCUCCGACUUCACCGGCAAUCAAAUCGUCGUCUUCCUCGAAUCCCUCCAGACCAACACCACUCCCCUCCACCCCAAACUCGUCAGCCAAAUGGGCGCCAUCUACAAAUUCACCGACUCGCAAAACGUCGAGAUCGUCUCGCGCUACCUCGUCCUUGGCCUCAAAGCACGAGAUGCCGACGUCUACCCCCGCACGGCGGAAUUGCUGGGGCAGGUCGGACGCAUGAAAUUCGUGCGUCCAUUGUAUAGGGGACUCAUCGAUUGCGACGAGAAGCUCGCGAAGCAGACUUUUGAGAAGAAUAAAGACUUCUAUCACCCCAUCUGUCGGGGUAUGAUCGAGAGGAUCUUUAGCGAGAAGGCGCAGGGCAGCGCUUGA